UACGAAUUGAAGGUCAGGAGAGGUCAAUCACAUUUUCGCUCAUGAGGUUCAAUGCACUCGAAACUUUCUGAAAUCGUCCACUCUAUCUCUUAACAAAGUCAAUCAGUCUUGGAUAAACAGAAAUACAAACACUCUACAGACUGUUAUAUCAUGUUAAAUCCUGAUGAGAGUAAACUCCGCCUUCGUCGAUUAAAUACUGAUGUUCACAAUCCAUGUUAUCUUCUACACAUACAUGAUGUAAAUCUUUUAUUGGAUUGCUGUUUAGAUCUGUCGAAUUUAUCCUAUUUUCUACCAAAUCAUCAGUUAAUGAGUCCUGGUUGUUCAGAUCUUCCAGAGAUGUGUGGUACUUUGGGCAACAGUGAUACUAAAGAAGUAAGAGGUGAAAACGACGGAGCAGAAGGAGAAGAAGAAGACGAUAGUGGCGUGUUUACCAAGUUAGGCGGCAUGAACUACAUGACUACAGGAUUCAAAUUUUGCAUGUUAAAAUCUUCAGAGAUGUCAUCAAUAUUUUGGGAAACAAUUGAUGUUAUACUUAUAUCGAAUACACGAAGUAUAUUAGGCUUACCAUUUUUAUUUGAAAAUACAAAAUUUCGCGGGAAAAUAUUUACUACUGAACCAGUUGUAAAAUUUGGAAAAAUAUUAAUAGAUGACUUAUUAAAUGAACUUGAACAAUUGAGUGAAUCUCAAGUUGAAUUGAAUUCAUCUAAGAAGAAGAAGAAAACAAAGAUAAAUGAAUUUAAUGAUGCAACUGAUUAUCUCGUAAAUUCUGGUGAUUACAACUGGACAAAAUUUUAUACUCGUGAAUCAGUAACAAAAGCUUUGAAUAGAGUUCAUCUAAUUGCUUAUCAUGAACCUGUGGAUCUAUUCGGUCUGUUGACGAUCAAAGGGUUAAGUGCUGGUUAUGCAAUUGGCAGUUGUAAUUGGAUUAUUACAUCAAGUUCAGAAAAAGUGGCCUACAUUUCACACACUUCAUUGUUGUAUUCUCAUGUUUUGCCUUUCGAUGAUAGUGAAUUCGGAGAUACUGAUAUCCUAAUUGUUGGUACAGUGAAUAUGUACGCUAGUAAUCAAUUAGAAAAGACUGUCGAAGAAUUUCGUCAUAUAGUUGUACAAACUUUAGCACGUGGUGGAAAUGUUCUCGUUCCAACAAAUCCAUGCGGUGUAAUCUUUGAUCUACUGGAGACAGCUUUACAUGCUAAAGAGAAUUUCAAUGGUAACAUCUUACCCUUAUUCCCACAUGAUCAUCAGACAGUAGUGAAUAAUAAAUGUACCAACAAUGGGACUGCGAAUAUACAGUCAACUACAACAACAACGACAGGAACAGGAACAUCAACUGCAACAACACUGGGGAAUGGUCAAUCAUCACAUCAUAAGACUGUUACAUCAGCAUCAUCAGAGAUAGAUUUGUCAGUCAGUUAUCGUAAUAAUAGUAGUAAUAAUAAUACUAAUAAUGCUAAUAGCUGUUCAUCAACGAUAACAACACAGACACCAAUAAGUUGUACCGGUGGAUCUUCAUCGUCUAGUCGAGUUGCACGUUCGCCUGUCUUCUUUUUAUCAAAUCAAGUACAUAUUAGCUUGGCAUAUUCAAAUGCUUAUGGCGAAUGGUUAAAUGCUGUGAAAGAAUCUGUCCUGUAUACUGCUGAUUGUCCAUUUCCUUUUCAAUCUUUAUUACAAUCUGGUCAACUGGUAGCUCUCAAAAGCCUGUAUGACAGUUCAUCUAGUAAGAAAUUACUCUCUGAUUCAUCUAGUACGGCAUAUUCAAGUCAUAUGUUAACAUCACCACUUCUUCUUGGCUCUGGCAAUUCAUCGUCUACUUCUGGUAAUUAUUUUGAACAAUCUGCUUUGAAUUCUUCUACCACUGGAGGAACUACAACAUCCUCGUCAACUAUUCUCGCUUUAACAAGUUCAUCAGUUCGAGAUAGUACUAUGGCUAAUAGUAAUAGUAAUAAUAGUAGUAGUAGUAGUAAUAAUGUAGUUAGUGGUGGAAUUUGGCCAAAUUCUCCAUGUCUUAUAUUUGCUAGUCAUCCAAGUCUUCGAAUCGGUCCAGCUGUACAUCUUAUGCGUGCAUUGGCCUAUGGAGGUUUACGCUUGGGAAGCCGUACUGCUACUACUACUAGUACACCAUCGCAUCAUUCAAUUAUCCUAAUUGAAUCGGGAGAUUAUGUACCAGCUUUUGAAUGGAAUUCAAAAACAUUAUGUACUCCUGAAACACAUCUUCGACGAAUUAUUACACCAUUCCUUCAACCAGACAAGUUGUCAACCAAUUGUACAAAAGUUUCACAAUUAAGCAACAAUUCAGGCUGUGGUACACCAGUCCUAUCGAUCAGUGAUACAGCUACCGUUUAUUGGUUACCAAUGGAAGCAAGAAUAGGCGCCAAUCAAGUAGAUCAAUUGAUAAAACGUUGUGGUGAACCACGACUGGCAUUGAUUCUACCUCAAGAAGUUUAUGAUCAACCAGGGAAUUGGAUGUCAAAUAUUCCAACAUCAGAGCAAUUCAAGACAAAAUUACACGGUAUAGCCUAUGGUCAACAUUUAUGCCUUAAUCUACCAGACAAGUGUUUACAACAAGUUCGUGUCUCAUCAAAAUUAGUGAGUAAAAUCAAACCAGUUUACAUAACAACAACCUUGAAAGAUACUGAAAAGUCAGAGAAAUCUGUCAGUGCAAGUGGUAGUAUUAGUAGUAGUAGUUAUGCUGACAAAGUGAACGACAGUAACAAUAAUAACAGUAAAAUGAAAAUUAAAUCAUCUCAACAAGCUGGGGAAUCUGAUCAGUUAUCAGGCGCAAGCAGCGGAAGCGGAGCAGUAGGAGUUGUUGGGAAAUCUGAGUUAAAACGUAAAUUGUCUGAUACUACUACACCGUCUUCGGUUGUGCCUACUAGUGUAACAACUACAACUUCAUCUGAUACUUCUACUACGCCUGCAACCAUCUCUGAUGAUAAAGACUCUGGAGGAGGAGAAGAUAGUCAGAAUAAACGAACAUGUAUUGCUUUAGUGGAUGGAUUGCUCACCACUAGAGAUGGUAAACAUUGGUUAGUAAGUAAAGAGGAGAAACUUGAACCGGAUAUUAUUCAUCCUGUCAAAAAGGAUUUUAUACGCCCAUCUACACCACCACCACCACCUUCAGCCUUGUCAACCAGUCUGGCGUCGACGAAUUCAUCAAGUAAUCAAGUUAAAAAUCGCAACAUAAAAUCUAAUUUCAACACAAAAUUAGACAGCGAUAAUCGUGUACUUGUCAGUUUCAAUGGUAGCAGUGCUAAUGGGGAUAAUCAAUCGUCGACUAGAAUUAAUCCUUAUGAAUUAAUACAAAAGCUGACAGAACGUGGUGUUACCGGUGCCUAUCUCGCCGAUCCGUGUACAGCACGUCAAGUCUACGCCAGGUUUGCAGUGUAUAAUAUGAAAUCCUCUGAGUCUAUAGAUAAUGUCGACGUAAUUCUAUUUCCAAAUCCAAAUACAAUGAUUUGUUUAAGCGAUUAUGGCAGCCAUAUUAUUGCAAUGGAUGAGAGUACACGUACAACAAUUCGAGAUACACUGUUAUUAUUUUUACAAUAUUUAGAAAGUCAUUCAACCAAUUCAACUGAAUUGUAAAUGUUAAUUGCUAGCGUGUUUCUCUGUUGUACACCAUUGAUAUAUAUACAUAUAUAUCCCUUUUUCUACUUGAGCAAUAAAAUAAAUGUAUA